UGGUUGUCUCCCCUGGGUGCUUCCUGGACCGUGUGGGCCCUGAACCUGGGACGCCCCGCCCGCAGGGCUUUUGGGGAGCUCGGAUUUUCAGACUCCCCGAGCGCAGUAGAGGAGGCUUUCGUCCUGGGGAAAAACCUGCGUGAAAUGGAGCUGUCAUCCUUUGGCUCUACAACGUCUAGAAUGGCGGUAAAAGCACAUCAGCCCGCGCGGAACGCUCGCGCGCCUCAGGGUGUGCAGGAGAGGUCAGCUGAGGAGCACCAGGACCCUCUUAGCGCUGCCACCGCUUGUUUUUAAAGUUUGAGGCCCACCCUUCCUGGCACUCAGCUCUGUCUUGUCAGUCACCGGCUUUACAGUGUUCAUCUCAGCCGGGCACAGGCCUAUAAUCCCUGCAUUCUGGGAGGCUGAGGCAGGAGGACCGAACAGGGCAACUUAAUUAGGAGACCCUGCCUCUGAAUGAAUAGGUGAAUGAAUGGGAUGUAGCUUCGAUGUGAAGGCCCUGGGCCAGUCCUCAGCAUUAGGUGGAAGAAAGUGUACGCAGAGUAAGUUUCGGUGUGUCAUAGAGUUCACAUUUUUAGAUAACUGUGCAGCUGUGGCCACAGCCUUGGUGUAGGACAUUUCCCUGGCCCCAGAGACCCUCCUGCUUGACUGCAGUCCCCCGCCCCCAGGCCACAUUCAUCUGCAUGGCCACCCCUGGGCUCUGGGAGGUGGCAGGAGGCAGCUUCCGGCAGGGCAGAGAGGAUGGAAGAGGGGCGCGGAGCUGAGUGCCCGCUGUGCCCUGCCCUCCCCACCCCGCCCCCCCCUCCCUGGAGGCAGCUGAGGCGAUGAAUUUGCUGCCCUCCUUCCUCAGGGCUGGGUGCCAGCGGCCCUGACUCCAUCCACUCGAACACGGGGCCACUGUUGAUUCCCUGGCACACACACAUCAGCAGCACCACCCUGGGCAGCCCGCUGGGCCCUCCCCUCUCCUCAGCAGCAUGCUUCACGAUCGUCCAUACUGAGGUCGAUAGGUCUCAGCACAGGUGUAGGCGGAUUAGGGGCACUGGUGUCCCACUGUGUGCAGACGCCACAGCCGGUCCCUGUCAUCCAUGGGACGUUCAGGGUCCCUUGAACGGCACUCAGCAGCGGCCAACCCUGGUGUGUUUCUGUCCACUCAACCAUGGGCCUGGGUGGGCCAGCAGGUCUCAGGCCAUUCAGGGUCACUUUCCUCUCUUGGAGAAUAUGGGGAUGGAACAGGUUUUGUCUGUGUGGACUCUGUCAGCACCUGCUGUGUUGCGCAUCAGCCUGCGGGGUUUGGAUCUUGGUCCCAAAACCUUGCACACUCAGAGGUGGCAGGCGACCAGACCGUGGGCGCUGUGCCUGUCAGUGGGUCAGGGGACUCAGGGCUGGUAGGAGUGGGAGUGGGUGGUCACUGGGGAGCGACCUGGAGGAGUCUCCCUCCGACUCUUCUCUGCUUGCUGGCCUUGUGAGGUGCACAGCUCUCCUCUGCCCAGGCCUUGUCCACCAUACUGUUCAUGUUUGAGCCCCUGCCGAUGGACUGAAACUUCUGCAACUGAACCAAAAUAAGCUUCUCCUUUCAGUUGUGGGUGUCAGGUAUUGUGGUAACUAAGACACAAUUGAAUUUUUGUGUGUGUGUGCUGGUGAUCAAACCUAGGGACUCGUGCAUGCCAGACAAGUGCUGAGCCACUGAGCCAUAUCUCCAGCCCUUUAAAAAAUUUAUUUUGAGAAGGGUCUUGCUAAAUUGCCCAGACUGUCUUUGAACUUCUGAACCUUCUUCCUCAGCCUCCCAGGUAGCUGGGAUUACAGGUGAGUGCCUCUGUGCCCAGCUGCAACUGAAACAAAAAUUUUAAAUUCUUGUCCAUGGACGUAAGUAAUAAUAAAUCUGUGACAUUAACAUAACAUUUAAAAAAGAAAUAAUAAAAACUAUCUCCCAAAGGUAGUAAGAAGAGUGGCACUUUGUAAGGAACAGGAUGAUGUCUCGAUCAACAGACUCAACUCCCCGACCCGCUCCUGUGUUCAGUGCUUUGCAGUGCAGUGCUUUGGUUGCAGCAUGUGGUAAAUCCCAGCACCAACAGGUGGUGGUCAGCAUUCUUGUCUUCUCAGCUCUGACCAGUAUCACCUGUCAAGCUCAGCUUAUGGCAUUCUUGGGCUUCUAUAGGCAUCUGAAGGCUUCUAAACCACGUGGUUGGGCAGUCAUAAUAAUGACCCCACUCCUGGUACCAAUAUCUGUAAUUGGUGACAGAUGGAAUAAUUUAUUCUGAGGGCCUGGUUAAACAUCCACAGGAUGACCUGCUGUAGCUGUUUAAAGUCAUGUUUUUGCAAAUAGCUUCAUGAUGUAGGUAAAUUUUAUCUGUUACAGAAAGUGGGCAAUGAGCCCAUAUACUGAAUGUAAUUUCAGGUACUUUUUGUAGUGCAUGCGUGUGCUUGUGUGACAUGUGUGUACUGUGCGUGUGUGUCCAGGCCUUGGGUCUAGGCUCGUCUACGCAUGCUGUUCACCAUCGUCUAUGGAGAGAAACGGCGUUGUGGGGGGACCUUCCCUCGCAGGGGCUCCCAGGCUUCCAAGGAGAGGGCACUCAGAGGACUAAGGAUCGGACACCGGGCACCCUGGGAGGCCUGAGGGGUCCCAAGUGAACACGCUGUGGUGGCCCCUGUGACUCCAGCCACCCGUGGGACACGGUGAUCAAGGCUGCCAUGAGGAAGUACCCGAACCCCAUGAACCCCAGCGUGGUGGGUGUGGAUGUCCUGGAGCGCGCUGUGGAUGGCCGAGGGCGGCUGCACAGCCUGCGCCUGCUAAGCACCGAGUGGGGGCUGCCGGGCCUGGUCACCGCGAUUUUGGGAACCAGUAGGACCCUGACCUACAUCAAAGAGCACUCUGUGGUAGACCCAGCCGAGAAGAAAAUGGAGCUUUUCUCCACCAAUGUCACAUUGCGGAACCUGGUGUCGGUAAAUGAGAGGCUGGUGUACGCCCCGCACCCAGAGCACCCCGGGAAGACGGUGCUCACGCAGGAGGCUGUCAUCUCCGUGGAGGGCACAGGCCUGGGCCGCUACCUGGAGAGCCUGAUGGCCAGCACCAUAUCGUCCAACGCCAGGAAGCUCCUCACCAACGGAGGCAGAGGAGGAAGGAGGCGAGCAGCAAGAAGGCAGGCACAGAAAGGGGUCGGUGAGGACGCCCCUGCGCUGCCUGUGUGGGAGAGGAGCCUGCGGCUCUGCCUGCACUGCCCAGGAACGAGGGAGGCGCUUCGCAUCCCGCCCUGAGCUGCCCUGAGCUCUGUGCCUGUGCCGGAGGGGCUGCGGGUGCCUUCGCCUGCGCCCCCAGGCCUCCUGCCGCCCUGUGGUCCUGCUGAGGACUCGACCUCAGGACUCCGCUGUCCCAAGGCCCGGGGCUGCUCCUGUCCCAUCACCAUUUCCCUGGCACUCAGGCAUGGCUGAGAAGGGGCCCGAGUGAGAGGACCCUGUCGUGCUCCAUCAGGGUCGACUGAGCAGGGUGGGCCCGGAGCCCCAGGCCCUUGCCGGGCGGCACAAGGUGGCCCGGGUGCUCUGGGGAAGGGGCCUCUGUCAGUCACUGGCCACUCAAACCCUGACAGCCAAGGCAGGGUGAGAAUGAGCACUGCUUGCUGUGCUUUCUGUUGCAAAUUGACAUUCUGUCUUGAGGUGGUCACUGAGGAAGCAGAAAUAUAUAUAUGUAUGUAUGUCUAUAGCAUUUUUCAGUGCUGGAGACUAAACCCAGGGCCUUUGUAUUGAGCCAUGUCCUCAGCCCUUGUUAAUUUUUUUUGAGAUAGGGUCUCAUUAAGUCACUAAGUUUUGGAGACUGGGCUUGAAUGUGGGAUCCUCCUGCCUCAGCCUCCCAGAGUGCUUCAAUUACAGGCUUGUGCUACCAUGCCUGGUAAUGUUUGGCUGUAAUGUUGGUUGGAAGUGGAUCUAGCAUUUAUUUUUACAACCAUGUCUAUUUUAAAGUCAUAAGCACAGAAGUAAAUGUGUGAGAAAAUACUAGGGAAGAAGGCUAACCUCGAUUUCUGAUUUGAAAAAGGAGUCAGAAGUCAGGUUUAAUCAUCCAUUGCUGUUCUGUGAUCUUUAAACACUGCUCUUCCAUCACCAUUCACAAGGUCCCGGGACAAAGCAUCCUGAAGGGCAGCCCAGGCCCUGAGAUGCUCCGGGGCAAGUGAAAACUGAGGCGCAGCACCGGCUGGGAGUGCUGUUCUAACGGGGCUGCAGCCAGGAGCAGGCCCGAGUGCAGCCUCAGGGCCGGGGCUGUUCCUGGCUGGUCCAGGCCUGGGAACGGCCCUUGGCUGUGCUGGACGGGUCUUCUGCUGGGCUCCCCAGGCCAGAGCUGUGGCGAAGCUGAGCCCCUGCCGCCCUCAGAGUGUCAGGCUGCAGGCUCAGGAGCCCAGCUUGGAGCGACCGGCCAGCAGUUGUGAUGCAGCCGCGGCUAAGACCACACAGGUGUGCCAGGGCCGACUUUCGCCUUCCCAGAGCGUUUGAUCUGCCAGGGCACGGGCCACACACGGUAGGUCGGGUUCAGGAUAGGGACUUUAACUGCACGCGUAACAAGUAACACACAGUACCUACUGGUGUUAGAGUGGGAACGAACUUGCAGAGGGAUGUUCUUUCUUAAUGCCUAAGCUUCACCAGCCUAGUUUCCUGGGAGAAAUGAGCUGGAAAAGACGAAUCCUUAUAACAUGGUGUCACCUGCCCCGGCUGCAUUUGAGGCGUGGGUGCCCCCUAGGGUCCCAGGGACAAGGAGACCCCCGCAGGCUGUAGUCCCCUCUGUGACAGCUGUGCCUGCUCAGCCUGUCCAGCCGGGGGUGGGGGGUGUGGGGAGGUGUUCAAGGCCGCCUCCCAGCCACCUCCAAGCCCUUGUCUGGUCUCAGCGCUGUGUACAUAGUUGUACUGUCAUUUAGGAAAUAAUAAAAGUCUGUGUGUGCUCAGCACAGACGUAAUUAU